CAAAGCAGUUGCGUCUCCCUUCGGAAUCCCAGCGAUGGGCAACUCCUGCUUUCCCCUCAAGGAACGGCUGUUGCUGCGGCUGCGGUCUCUGCCCCCCAGCCUGCGCAUCGUCCGCUCCUUUACUCGCUACCGGAGGAGGAUUGACUACCGCAUCGUGGUGGUCGGCUCCUCCGGGGUGGGCAAGAGCGCCAUCGUGAAGAGGUGGGUCCGCGGCACUUUCCGCGACAAGUACAUGGCAUCCCUCGAGAGCACCCAUCGCCAAGGGAUGGGCCGCAACAACAAAAUCGGCGCCCUGCACAUCACCGACACCACCGGCACCCGCCACUACCCCGGGCUGAAGCACUUCGCCAUCCUGCGGGGCCACGCCUUCGUCCUGGUCUAUUCGGUCGCCAAGAAGGAAACGCUGGAUGAGCUGAAGCCCUUCUACGAGCUGAUCCGUCGGAUUAAAGGCAACAACCUGCACAAGUUCCCUGUCGUCUUGGUGGGCAACCAGAACGACCAGAGCACCCGGGAGCUGAGCGUGAGUGACGGCGCCGCCCGUGCCCUCGAGUGGAAUUGCGCCUUCCUGGAGACCUCGGCCAAGACCGAGUUCAACGUGCAGGAGCUCUUCCACAUGCUCCUGAACCCCGAGAAGAUGCCCACUGCCUGCCUCCAGAGCCCCCAGAAGAAGUUCCAGGUGUCCAAGACCAUGGAGAAGCUGCUCACCAAGUGCAUUGUCAUGUGAGCCCCAGGCCUUCGGAGCGUGACCUUCCUCUCCUGUAGUGUGUAGAAAAGACUCAUGCUCGUGUAACGUGUCACCAUUGUACGCGGUGGACUUGUGUGCCGUGGUCCGGACUGUAACAACUAGCCCUCUGUAGAUGUACCUUGUAAGCUGACAACUCUAUUGCCCAAGACGAUUCAGGUCCCUGAGGUAUUGGCGUUGAGGGGGAGAAGAGGGAAGGAGCGCUGUGCAUUUUAGAUCAGACUGUUAAUGCUACCUGGGAAGGAAGAACAUGUUUUGAGGGGGAGAAGAUACCAAAAUGAAAGAUCCCACAACCCUUCUUGUAACCCUAUGAUUGUGUAUUGUUUUUACACUUUCUAGUUCUGUAAGUGCCUGAUCAUAUCUUUUCAUUGUGUACUUGAUUGUUCAGAGACGUGUUUUUCCAACAAAUGCCUUGACAGAUUGCUGUGUGUAGUAGCAGCUCCAUGACAUGAGGGUGAGAGCAAAUUCUGAAACUUCGUUCACCAAAGCUCUGAUGGUUGUUUCCUAAUAUAUUUUGAAAUGUUUGGGUAUUCCACACCGCAGCUUUCAAAACGUGUAACACCUCCUUGACUUAAUAAAGCUUUUCU